CCUCUGAUCUUUACAGAUUUUUCUACGAAUCACUAACGCAACAAUGCCGAUCUUAUCUAACCUAAACAAGAAAAAUGUAAACCUAAGGAAAUACCGUGUUACAAGUCAUCAAAAUCUGAUACUUCGAUAAAAAUUUCAUUAAAUGGAGUAAUGUGUGUCAUAAAUGUACAACUACAGGGUAAAAAGCAGAAUUCACUCGAAUUUUUAAUAUAGUCAUGAGGUCCUUGGCAGAAAAAUAGAUUGCAGUUGCAGUUUUCCGUUUUCCGUCCCACUUCGAUCGCGUCGACCCUUUCUGGUUUUUCCUUCCCCACUUGGCUCUGCUCGCAUCACGCGACGCGACGCGGGAGUGCGUGGUCUGAGUGGGAAGCUACUUACUCGGGACUAGCUCACUAGCAGCAGAGAGCGGCAGGGAGGGAGAGCCAAACAAAAACCCGAGCUCAAGCCGCCCCGGGAUCUCCAUUUUAGUUGUUUAAGGUGUGGUUUCACUCUUUUCCCUCCUGGUCUGUAUGUCCCCGUUCUUGUUUCUGGGGGAGAAGAUGUAGUUUUAGCUCUCGUUUCUUUGCUUGCCUUCAUUCAUGCGGGGAAAAUGUCCCAAUGCGCCUAGUUCCGCUGCAGAUUGCGCGGUCAAAUUUUGGGAUCCUUGCUUUGGGUUGAAGAGACUUGGUCCUAAUUUGGUGGUUUGGACUGGAGUGUGGUCAACAAAUUCAUGUCCAAUUCGACGCACUAAGCUGCUUCCUGUGUAUUUUAUCUGCAGAGUGGAGUGCUCCACUGCUUCGGGCUCCUGCAUUUGCCCUCGAGCCGGGAGGAGGAGAAGGCUGGAUCUUGGUGCACCCAUUUCAAGUGCAGAGAAAUUGCGGCGCUCCCUGCUCCUGGAGCGUUGUUUCGUGACAAGAAAAUUAGAGUUUUAAUCCUGUCGAUUGUUUGAAGAAUUGCCUCAUUCGGUGGACAGAAUCGCGCAGGGGCUACCACACAUUGCUGGUGAUGGUUUGAUGGAGGUGGUUGCCAAGAUUGCCGAGCCAGAGGGCCCUUGGGUGGCCACUGCUCAGCAGCCAAAUAAUUUAGAGCUGCCAGCAUCACCAGUGACAGAUGCAGCUAGGGAAGGGGAGAGCACACGGCAGCCGGAUGAGAAGGACCUGUCGGCAGAAGGCGAGGAAUCGUCGGGUGAGGGUGGCCGGAGUUCGUUCUCCGGGGUGAGCCACCCCCCGGAGCCAGUUGAUGUGGAUCUUAUGAGCGCCGUGUACGUCGCAGUCGACGCGGAGAAGCCCGGGCCACCGGAGUGCUUGCUGCCAGGCCCGUCAGCCAGAGGAUUGUCCAUGGAAGACAUUUCUGUCCAUGCCACAGACGUGGAACCCAAUGUGGUUGAAGAGGUGAAGGUGCCCGGUGCCCCUGUCCCAGAGCCUCCUGGCGAGGCCGUGCCCUCAGCUCAGCCGUCGGAGGAGAAGGAUCGCGUGCGGGGUGCAUCCCUCCCACCCAGUGGCAAUGGCAGCCCUCGCAGCGGCAGUGACAGCGCCGGUGCCGUCGCUGCCACAAGCAUCAGGAACAGCUGCGCAAGCACAUGCAGAAGUGGAUCCAUUGCCGGUGAGCCCGUGGUGACCGCCGGGAGGACACAUGACAGCGCAAAGGACGGCUUCCGGGGCAGCUCAAUGGAGAGCAUAAACACCAGCACGAGCCAAGCGAGCGACAGCAGCGACGACAGCAGCUGGAGCAACGCCACCGGAACCGCCAGCAAGCCGCACAAGGGCAACGACCCCCGGUGGAGGGCGAUCCUGGCCGUCCGGGCCCGGGGCAGCGCGCUCGGGAUGAGCCACUUCAGGCUGCUCCGGCGGCUCGGGUGCGGCGACAUCGGCAGCGUGUACCUGUCGGAGCUGAGCGGGACGAGGUGCCACUUCGCGAUGAAGGUGAUGGACAAGGCGUCGCUGGCGAGCAGGAAGAAGCUGAGCCGGGCGCAGACGGAGAGGGAGAUUCUGCAGCUCCUGGACCACCCGUUCCUCCCCACCCUGUACACGCACUUUGAGACCGACCGCUUCUCGUGCCUGGUCAUGGAGUUCUGCCCCGGCGGCGACCUGCACGCGCUCCGGCAGCGCCAGCCGCGGAAACACUUCUCCGAGCACGCGGCGAGGUUUUAUGCCGCGGAGAUACUCCUGGCUCUGGAGUACCUGCACAUGCUGGGGGUAGUCUACCGGGACCUCAAGCCGGAGAACGUGCUGGUGCGCGACGACGGCCACAUCAUGCUCUCCGACUUCGACCUGUCGCUGCAGCAGUGCGCGGUGUCGCCGACGCUCAUCAGGGCGCCGGCGGCGUGCGACUCCGACCGCCGGAGCGCAGGGGGCGGCUUCUGCGCGCGGCCCUCCGCCUGCAUGGAGCCUUCCGCGACCUGCGUCCAGCCCGCGUGCUUCAUGCCCGGGCUGUUCGGCCGGAGGGGCGGGAGGCGGCGGGGCUCCGAGCCUGGGCAGGGCGUCUCUGCCGCCGCCCUGCCGGAGCUGGUGGCCGAGCCGACGGCGGCGCGGUCCAUGUCGUUCGUGGGGACGCACGAGUACCUGGCCCCGGAGAUCAUCAAGGGCGAGGGCCACGGCAGCGCCGUCGACUGGUGGACCCUGGGCGUCUUCCUGCACGAGCUGCUCUACGGCAGGACGCCCUUCAAGGGGUCCGGCAACCGCGCCACGCUCUUCAACGUGGUCGGCCAGCAGCUGCGCUUCCCGGAGUGGCCGUCGACGAGCUACGCCGCCAGGGACCUCGUCAGGGGCCUGCUGGUCAAGGAGCCGCAGCAGCGGCUCGGCGUCAAGCGGGGCGCCGCCGAGAUCAAGCAGCACCCCUUCUUUGAGGGCGUCAACUGGGCGCUCAUCAGGUGCAGCACGCCUCCCCAAGUGCCCAAGCCCGUCGAGGCCGAGCCGCCGGCCAAGUGCGGGGCGACCCAGCAGCCUCCGGCGAGCGGCUGCGGCGAGAGGGCGAUCGGCGCCGAGGUGAAGUCCGGCGGGAAGUUCCUCGACUUCGAGUUCUUUUAGACCACAGCGGGCGGGCCUUUAUUUUCCUUUUCGGUUUGCUCCUGGCUCUGAUUCGACCAGUGUUACUUAAGCUUGCGAGUUUGUACAAACACAUUAUUGGGAGCCAGCGUAGGAGAUUUCUCAUAUCAUAGUAGUAUAACUGAGACACUGUAUCAGAACACAACAGAUGAAAGCAGGUCAGGUGCAUCGACAGACUCACACUGCACAAUCUUAUUCCCA